AUGUCUUCGUUCAGGAACAUCGCGGCCCCUUACUGGGCCGAAUUUAUCGGCACCCUGGUUCUCACCACCGUGGGACUCGGUGCUACCGCGCAGAGCCUCGUCAACAAGGACAGUCAGGCCGACGCCCUGAGCAGCUCUGUGGCCUGGGGCCUUGCUGUUGCCCUCGGUAUUUGGACAUCUGAGCAUGUCAGCGGCGGCCACAUCAACCCCGCAGUGACCAUCUCCAAAGCUAUCUUCCACGGCUUCUCCUGGGCACAAGUUUCCGGCUACCUGCUUGCACAGACCCUCGGAGCAUUUGUCGGUGCUGUCCUUGUCUGGGCCAACUUUGCCGCCGGCCUUGCUGCUCUCAAGCCUGGAGAGGCCGGCCUCCACCCAGCCACUGGCGCCUUCAUCACCUCCAACGACUUUGGACAGGGCUUCUUGGGCGAGACCAUUGGCUCGGCACUCUUUGUGUUGGCCAUCUACGCUGUAUCGGAUGCCAACAGCAGUGCCAAGAACAUCGGUCCGCUCGCUAUUGGCCUGGCACUCAGCGCUGUGUCUCUUGGCUUGAGCUCCCCGCUCGGUCUGGCCCUUAACCCUGCUCGUGACUUUGGACCCCGCGUCUUCGCCGCCCUUGCCUAUGACUUUAAUGCUCUCACUGACAGCAGCCUGUACUUUGUCGUCCCCAUUGCUGGCCCUAUCGUCGGCGGCACCAUCGGUGCCUUUGUUUAUGAGUGGCUGGUCAAGCAAGAUGCCGAAUACCACCACCAGCUCGAGGCAGGCACUGCCUGA